AUGCUAAUAUUAGAAAUAAAUAAUGAUAUAAGAGAUGAUAUAAUCUUUGAAGUUGAUAAUAAAACUAAGACAGAAUACUUAAUAGCAAAACAAAAAUUUGACGAAUCUACUGAAUGCUGGAUUUGUAAAAAGCCAUUAGAUGGUGAUAAGAUAACAGUUAUUGCAGAAACAUUUGAGCGAUAUAAAAUGAUGAAGGUGGGUCAAAUGAAAUACAUUGAUAGUAUGCAGUUUAUGAAUUCAAGCUUGGCCAAACUUGCAGAUAAUUUAGGUGCUGUCAAAUGCAAGGAUACAGACUGCAAUCAUUACCAUAGAAUAGAUAAAGACCGAUGCAUUGGAACUUUGGCGAAUCAUAAAAUUACUAAACAAUAUUAUGAAAAAAUAGGAUAUUCACCAGAGCAAAUAGCAUUGGUAUGUAGUAAAGGAGAACUUCCAUAUGAUUAUAUCGAUUCUGAUGAUAGAUUCAAUGAAACUGAGCUUCCUCCAAUUGAGGCAUUUGCAGUUUUAAAUAAUAGAAAAGACUUGCAAAAAAGAUAUCUUAAAAUGAUUUUAAAUACUAAAGCUGAUUCUCCACGAGGGUAUUUCCUAAAUAUUAAGUCACAUAUCCCUAGCAAGUUACAUGAUUAUCUCAAUGACUUACCACCUGCAGUUGAGAAUGUUGCAAUAAAAAAGAACCAGCUUAGUCCUCAUAAUAAUAAGAUAGUAGAAGAUUUGGAUGGAGGACGAUUCUCUGAGAUAAAGAAACUAGUCCCACAUCUUGGUCCUCUAUCCAAACCGUCUUUCAAGUAUGGUAGACAAUUAUCCAAUACACUUAUUGGCGCUCAUAUGGGACAAGCAUCUGAUGAGUGUCCAGGUAAAAUAAUAACUGAAUCUAUCCAUAUUCGAGCCAAAACAUAUCACUAUACCAUUUCAGAUGGAUCUACUAGAUCAAAGCAUAAGGGGGUCAGCAAAUCAGGUAUGAAUAAAAUGGCUACUAAUACAUACUUCCCAUCAUUAGGUGGUUCAUUGUUAGAUGAUUCAAUUCCCCCAAAUAAGAUAUUUGAUCCAAUGACCCUGGUAUAUCGGGAUUGUCUCUUUGGAAAUGAGGUAUUCUAUGCCAUGAAUAUAGGAUUUCGAUCAAAAGACCAUAUAUUAUCAAUGGUUGAAUCUGAGAAAAAGGCUCUAUGUCCUCUUAAUUCAAAGAACUGGGUAUUAUCGGAUGGAAUCACACCUUGGGCAUAUGGUCAUUGGAGAAUUGAUGCUUAUAAAAGUAUGGUUAAAGCUGGUAUAUCUCCGGAGAUGGCCGAAAAAAGAGCAAUAGUAGCUCAGCAUCAUCCAACAUUAGAAAACAAGUAUAUGGUAAAUCCAAAACUAUUAUAG